AUGCCGCAACCAUUGAACUCCAAGGACCAGGCCUUGUUCCGUCAGGUGGUUCGCAACUUUGAGCUGAAGCAAUACAAGAAAGGCAUCAAAACGGCAGACCAGGUUCUUCGCAAGAACCCCAACCAUGGCGAUACACAGGCGAUGAAGGCUCUGAUCAUGAGCCAUCUGGGUCAGUUGGAGGAGGCUUUUGUGUUGGCCAAGGAGGCCCUGCGCAACGACAUGAAAUCGCACAUCUGCUGGCACGUGUACGGGUUACUAUAUCGGCAGGAAAAGAACUAUGAGGAGGCAAUCAAGGCCUACCGCUUCGCCCUGCGACUUGAGCCCGAGUCUCAACCCAUCCAACGUGAUCUCGCUCUUCUCCAAGCGCAGAUGCGGGAUUUCCAGGGCUACAUCCAGAGCCGCAGUGCCAUGCUGCAGGCGCGUCCUGGCUUCCGCCAAAACUGGACUGCGCUGGCGAUUGCCCACCACUUGUCGGGAGAUCUGGAGGAGGCGGAGAAGGUUUUGACGACAUAUGAGGACACUCUGAAGGGUACACCAGCCGUCGCGGAUAUGGAACAUUCUGAGGCCUGCUUGUACAAGAACAUGAUCAUUGCCGAGACAGGGAACUUGGAAAGAGCUCUUGAGCACUUGGAAAAGGUCGGUUAUCGUUGUACCGAUGUGCUUGCCGUCAUGGAAAUGAAGGCGGACUAUCUACUCCGACUUGGUCGCAAGUCCGAGGCGGAAGAGGCUUAUGCCGCCCUUCUGGAUCGCAAUCCGGAGAACUCGGUCUAUUACAAUGGCUUGAUCCAGGCCAAGGGGAUCCCGGAGGGUGACCACAAGGCGUUGAAGGCCCUGUACGAUGAUUGGGUGGAGAAGAACCCGCGCGGCGAUGCGGCACGUCGUAUUCCUCUCGAUUUCCUGGAGGGAGAUGACUUCAAGCAGGCCGCCGAUGCUUACUUGCAGCGCAUGCUCAAGAAGGGUGUUCCUUCUCUGUUCGCGAAUAUUAAGCUUUUGUAUAGCAACCCCACCAAGCGGGACGCAGUACAGACACUGGUGGAAGGAUACGUCUCUGGCAAGUCGGGUUCGCAGCAAAACGGUUCUGCCGAGGGCAAGGAUGAAUUCCUGGCUUCAUCGUACUACUUCUUGGCCCAACACUACAACUACCAUCUCAGCCGCAACCUCCCCAAGGCCAUGGAGAAUGUUGACAAGGCCAUUGAACUGUCACCCAAGACAGUUGAAUACCAGAUGACCAAGGCCCGUGUGUGGAAGCAUUACGGUAACUCUGUGAAGGCAGCGGAAGAGAUGGAGAAGGCACGCCUACUGGAUGAGAAGGAUCGGUACAUCAACUCCAAAGCCGCCAAGUACCAGCUCCGCAACAACGAGAACGACAAGGCACUGGAGAACAUGAGCAAGUUCACUCGCAACGAGACUGUGGGAGGUGCCAUGGGCGACCUUCACGAGAUGCAGUGCACAUGGUAUCUGACUGAAGAUGGUGAGGCAUAUCUGCGACAGAAAAAGCUGGGCCUUGCACUCAAGCGCUUUCACGGGGUCUACAACAUCUUUGAUACAUGGCAAGAGGAUCAGUUCGACUUUCAUAGCUUCUCCCUUAGGAAAGGUAUGAUUCGGGCAUACGUCGACAUGGUCCGCUGGGAAGACCGCCUGCGCGAGCACCCCUUCUAUACCCGGGUGGCUCUCUCCGCAAUUAAAGCCUACCUGCUCCUUAACGACCAGCCGGAUCUGGCCCACGGCCCCACUGGCCUCGGGGUCAAUGGUGACGCUCAAGAUGAUGCCGAGCGCAAGAAGGCCCUCAAGAAGGCCAAGAAGGAGCAGCAGCGCCUGGAGAAGAUCGAGGCCGAUAAGCGCGAAGCCCGAAAAGCGGCUGCUGCAAAUGCUAAGACUGUUGAUGGAGAGGUCAAGAAGGAGGAUACUGACCCCCUUGGCAAUGAUCUGGUCCAGACCAAGGAUCCUUUGAAUGAUGCGAUGAAGUUUUUGACCCCGCUGCUUGCCCUCAAUUCACAGAAUGUCGAGGCUCAGUGCCUUGGCUUUGAGGUCUACAUUAGGCGAAACAAGCACCUGCUGGCCCUGAAAUGUCUUUCCGCCGCAUAUGCCAUUGACCCCUCCAACCCCACCCUCCACCUCCAGCUCCUUCGAUUCCGCAAGACCCUCGACAAUCUUCCCGAGCCUCUUCCCGCUCCGUCUGCCGAAGUUGUCAAAGCAGAAUUUGAGAAGCUGCUCCCCAAGUCUCAGAAGCUUGAGGAGUGGAACGAGUCCUUCCAUACUACCAACAAGGACAGUGUUGCCCAUGUGCAAGCCGCUCUUUCUGCUCGUCAGCUCCUGAACCCCGACUCCAAGUCUCAGUGCGAGAAGGACCUCCUUGCCACUCUCGACUCGCCCCAGAUCACCAUGGAUGAGGCCGCCAUUGCCAUCGAUCUGCUGAACAAGUGGGGCAGCGAUAACACCGCCUACCUGCAGAAGGCAAACCAGAAGUGGCCAGAGUCUUCCGUGUUCCAGCUGAACUAA